GGAGGAAGAAGACGACAGAACACGAAUGAAAACAAGAGACGGGCACGCCUUCUCUCUUUUAAAGGUUAUACCAGCGUAAUAAGUGCUGCUUUGAGAGCUGCACGAAGAGACUAAUAACAACUACUUCGACAGCAACAACAACACGUCUGUUAUUCACUAAACAUCGAGAGUAACCGUGCAGAAAUGGAGUCCACAGAAAUGACAGACUACGUUGUCACCAGGCGUUCAUGAAAGCGAACGAACAUAACACUCGACUCACGAAUCGUAUGAAAAAAAAAAAAAUCAAAUAAAAAAUGCCCAACCAGAAGAACAACAAGGGGAAGAAGAGCAAACGCACCAACAGUAGCGGAGAUGAACAGGAAAGUGGAGCCUGUGCGGCCGCAACAGGAGGAGCGGCCGCGGUUGCUGCUGCUGCUGCUGCUGCUGUUGUCGCUGCCGCCGCUGCCGCUGCUGCACCCGGGAGCGAGCGUUCGACUGAGGUCCAGUGUGCGACCCCUCUGGGCUGCAGCUUGGGCCGGCCCAUUGACCUGGAGAAGGAUGACUACCAGAGGAUCCAGUGCAACAAUGAACUCUGUCCUUGUGGAAACUGGAUGCAUCUGCAGUGUUUCUACGAGUGGGAGAGCUCCAUUCUGGUACAGUUCAACUGCAUCGGCCGUGCACGCUCAUGGAAUGAGAAGCAGUGUCGGCAAAACAUGUGGACCAAGAAAGGAUAUGACUUGGCUUUUAGGUUUUGCUCCUGCCGUUGCGGUCAGGGUCAUCUGAAAAAAGACACUGACUGGUAUCAGGUGAAGCGCAUGCAGGACGAACGAAAGAAGAAGCCAUCUGAGAGGGGCACUGGGAGGACGGGGUCCUGUGGAGGGGCUUCUGGGUCUGGGGACAGUGUGUUUGAGGACCCCAGGAAAAACAAGCUAGCGGGAGGAGUCGGUAAAACAGCACACAGAGCAUCAAGUCAGGAGCUACCACGAAGACAAUCAGUGGACCGCCAGAACUCAAUUGAGAGAGGAGCAGGAGCAGCAGGCGGUCUCUUUCCUUUAGGGCCUCCUUUGAAGUCUCCAUGUGACUCCCCAGGACAGUCUCCUCCAACUGGUUUUUCCUUCUCGCCCACCUCUGUCCUCGGACCUGGCGGUGUUGGCUCAGGUUUUCGGGGCUCCCGUCAAUUAGGAGAAUUCCUCAAAUCCGCAGUCCACAUGGACGCGCAGCGGAAGCAUCUUUUAGUCGGGGGAGCCCUCAGCCGAGCCUCUGGUUGCAUUCCUCACCUUGACGCCGCAGCUGUUCUACCCCUGCCGAUGGCCUUCACCCUCCCUCUUCAUCACCGACUUGCCUCCGGCAGCUUAGGUGAUGGUACCCUUCCUCAACCUGUGCAGUUCCUGAGGAGGCUGGACCUCUCAGAGCUACUCACUCACAUCCCUCGCCAUAAACUCAACACCUACCAUGUUCGAAUGGAGGAUGAUGCCCAGGCAGGUCAAGGAGAAGAACUGCGCAGGUUCAUCCUGUCCACACUCAGUGCAAGCCAGAGGAACGUGGUCAACUGUGCGCUGUGCCACCGGGCCCUGCCAGUGUUCGAACAGUUUCCACUAGUGGAUGGGACGAUGUUCCUUAGCCCAUCACGCCACGAUGAGAUUGAGUAUGAUGUUCCUUGCCACCUGCAAGGCAGGUUAAUGCACCUCUAUGCCAUAUGUGUGGAUUGUCUAGAAGGUGUCCACAAGAUCGUAUGCAUCAAGUGCAAGUCCCGCUGGGAUGGGAGCUGGCACCAACUGGGCACCAUGUACACCUACGACAUCCUGGCUGCUUCACCUUGUUGUCAGGCUCGUCUCAACUGUAAACACUGCGGGAAGCCGGUGGUGGAUGUUCGUGUCGGGAUGCAGUAUUUCUCCGAGUACAGCAAUGUCCAGCAGUGCCCUCACUGCGGCAACCUGGACUAUCACUUUGUCAAACCCUUCUCCUCCUACAAAGUACUCGAGGCUUAUUGACAAAUGUUUUGCAUGCGAGUCAAAGCCACUUUUAAUUUUUUAAGUUUAGGAAAGUUUAUAUUUUCAGGUUUAAGGAGGAGCUUAAGGUUAUUAGUUGGAUGUUUUAGUUUCCAUAUGUUCAGUUUAAUUUUAUUUUUUUUAUGUACAGACAGAGCAUGACUGUGAAAGUUCCAUGGUUGUCUAAUGCUGAAAGCGCAAGAAAGGUGUUGGAUCAAGUGUGAAGCACAUUUAUCUGUGACAAGUGAAUGUAUCUGUAAGCCAAAUUAGUUAUUUUUUACCAUGAAAGGACUUCAUUCUUGAAUAAAGGCAAGAUAUAUAUAUAUAGUGGUGUGGAUGGUUAUCCUCUAAUCAGGUAAUGAAUUAAGUUCACCACAACUAACCAUUUCAGUAAAACAAGUAGUCAAUUAAUGCCUCCAAAGAGCAAUAGGAUAACAAAAAUGUUUUGACCUAUUUAUUUUAUCGUAGAUGAAAAACCAAAACAAAACACACAAAAAAAACUGAAUACUGCAGUCAGAAGAGUACCAGUAUUAGCGGAAUCAGUGACAUCUAAUCUAUUAAUUUUGUGGCUUUGGUUUGAUAUAUUAGCAUUUGAGUGGAUUAUUCAUUUAACAUCAUGUUUAGGUGACAGUGGCCAGGCUGUUGACUCUGUGACUGGAGUGUAAACAUCUGGUGUCUGCCUCUUACACAAAAGAAGACAAAUUAAGUGAGGACUGUGACAUUAGAGCAUCUUCCAUGGCUAGGAGUAAUACUGAAGAUGGCAGUUAUCACCAGGACCAGAGCGUUUGUACAACAUUUUUAAUUCAGUUUAGUCUCAGUGGAGACUAACCCCCUUACCUGUUAAUUAAGACGUGUCCAAAACAUUUGCAUUAUAACCAGAAUAUAUCUUAUUUUAGACCAACCAUGCUUGAAUUGUUUAAUUGUUGAGCAGCCAAUCGCAGGGCACAGAGACAAAACAAACAUUUACGCUCACAUUCAUACCCAUGGAAAAUUUAGAGUCUUCAACUAACCCAGCCUGCAUGUUUUUGGGAUGUGGGGGGAAACCGGAGUAUCCAGAGAAAACCCACGCAGGAACGGGGAGAACACGCAAACUCCACACAGGGGAGGCUGGAUUUGAAUCCGGGACCUCAGAACUGUGAGGUGGAUGUGCUAACCAGUCAGUCUAUUUUAAUUGCAAAUAUGUCCUAUUUCUUAUUGGUCAUUAUUGAAGAGUCCUCUUUUGUGUCCAGAGGCGACAUUUCAUUGUCAGCAGCCUUUGGGCUGGCAGACUGCAACAAUGGAGGUUGAUCUUUGUCUCUUUUGGACAGUUCCUUUGCUGAAGGUGGCCGAAGGAUACACAUGGCUGCUUGACCCUCACGUAUGACUUUUGGCUUUGAAACAAAUCCCACCAUCACCUCCAUUUGAUGAACCAUGUGCUCUAGGUUUUCAUCCUGUGUGAAAAUGAGAUUCAUCAUGUGGGGAAAAUCAAGGCACAAUGUGUGAUAAAUUUUGAACCAGUGGUGAAAUGGGAGCGGAUCUUCCUCACCAAGUUGUUUGUGGACUCUUUGCGUGGAGAGCGUAGUGUUAUCCUAACAUGGUGCUUCUUCUCCAACCAGCUCUCCACCUGCUUCAGUUUGGUCAUCAGGUCGUGAGAAGCAAUACUCGAAGAAAAGACGAUACACCGGAGGAUCCUGACGUUCACUGAGUACCACCAGUUUGAGGCCCUUCUCAUCCAUGAUUCUGAGCACAUUUGCGCGGUGGAGGAGACCCAAGUUUUCCCCUUCCUCACUGAUGACUUGGAUCUGGCGCUGCGGGAUUUUCCGGCCGACGCUGGUGAUUGUGGUACGAGCCCGAGGAUCCUGCUUUUUUUUCUUCACUGCAGGAGUCUGGUUCGAGUCAUCCGCAUCUGUGCAGAAGGAAGACCAUCUCCAAGGCUUAGCAAAGAUGCUGCUCUUUUCACACCUAAGAAUCCUCAAUGCUGGUGUCCAAGAGCCUGGACUCCCCCCAUUCACCAUGUGGACUGCAUGACAAAGCAGUUGCCGCACACAACCUGCAGCCAUAAUCUAAAAACAGAGAGCACACAUAACUGUGUUACCAAUUGAGGCAGGCCUACAGAACUGCUACAUCAUUGAAAGCGAGUGCAUGACCUCGUUAAAUAAUUGUGCUGUGCAGAUUGAACACACCCCAUUAGAAAAGUACAGAAUCUACUAAAAUCCUCCAAUUUAAGUACAUUUUAUUGUUUUUCUUACAGUACACAACGGAAAGAACAUUAUAUGGUAUUGUGUUAAAGCCCAAAUAGUUCUUGGGAGACACACCAAACAUGCUUUACUUCCUACAUGUACAUUGUAGUUUUUGUUAUGUUUCUUUACUAUCAGUACAGUAUUUCAAACGACGAACCCAUCAGCCUCAUCACUGUGAUACACAGUGCGUUGCUCAUAGUAAAAACGGCAUUAUUCAACAGUUUUAUAGUUGCUUAAGGCUUUGCUGAACACAUAAAAACAACCAAAUGAUGUAUUUUUGCAGCAUUUGACCACUACCGUUCAAUGUCGCGCGUGCACGCUUAUCUGGAAGGGGGUUGCAGGGCAGGCUGCUUCCGCAAUGCUCUUCUUCUUCUUCAUGACCUUACUCCGGGAAAACGC